AUGCUGGAGAAGUUGGGCUACCAGGAAGGUGUGGAUCUGAUCGCCGCGCCCUAUGACUGGCGUUUCGCCCCGUCGGUGAUGGAGAAGAGAGAGGGAUACUUCCAGCGGCUGCUCGCAAGCAUUGAAUCCUUGGACAAAGACGGUACCGGGGUGAUCUUGCUGGCCCAUUCCAUGGGUAACAAGGUGGUGUCCUACUUCCUGGACUUUGCAGUGAAGCAGAAGGGGCACCCUGGCUCCUGUUCACAGGGCUCCUUCGAAG